AUGGCCCAGCUGGUGUCCUUGGCGGGACCGCGGGGCCAGGCCGGCGCCUUCCCCCGACUGCUUCUCGGCUACCUGCUCUUCGUCCUGCUGGGAGGCGUGGCGUUCACGGUCGUGGAGAAGCCGGCGGAGAGUCGUCUGAGGGCCGAGGUGGAGGAGCUGCGGCGCUCCUUCCUGCGGGAGAACCCCUGCGUCGAGGAGAGCGGGCUGAGCAAGCUGCUGGCGAGAGCUCUCUCUGCUCACCACGGGGAUGUCGCCGUCUUAAAGGCAGAUGCAGACGAGAGACACUACGAUUUCACCUCGUCGCUCUACUUUGUCAUUGUCACUCUGACAACCAUGGGUUCUGACUCUUACACCCCCAAAUCAGACGAGGCCAAGCUUUUCUGUAUCUUCUACUGCACCCUGGGAAUCCCCCUCACCCUGUUCCUCCUCACCCUCCUGUCCGACCUCCUCCUCCCUGUCGUCACCCACUCCCCCAUCCUCUACCUGCAAACUUACCUAGGCUUACCCUACGCCCAGGCCGCUCUCGUCCACGCCAGCCUCCUCUCAGCCCUCAUCCUCCUCCUCCUCUUCUUUCUCCCCGCCCUCAUGGUCUGUGCGGUGGAGCCGGGCCGGAGUUUCCUGGAUGCCCUCUUCUUCUGCUUUGUCGUCCUGAGCACCGUCGGUCAGGGAGGAAACUCUGUGGGGGAAAACUGGGGGCCUCUGGCUAAAGAAACCCUCGAGUUCCUCACCACAUGUUACCUGCUGGUGGGCCUGGUGGUGCUCAUUACCUUAAAGGACACUGUCCUGCAGGUGCCCCAGGUCUGUGCGGUGAUGAGGCUUUUCUCCGGCCCCCAGCAUGCAGAGCUGGAGGGUGAAGAAGACUGCGAGGAGGAGCCCCAGUACUCCCAGUCCAUCUGCACUAUCUCCUCCACUCCAUUAGAGCUGAGGAGCCCAUGUUCAGACCCUCAGAGAACCAGAACCUCCACUCUCAAAACCACCUGA